CCCCAAUCUCCAGCAGCGCAGCCGCUCGCUCGCUCCUCUUCUCGUCCGCACAACACCGAGCAAGCGAGAGGCGACGGAGAGAGCCGGGUGGCAAUGGCGGGCACCGGCUGCCACUCGCUCCUCUCGCCGGCCUCGCCGCUCUCCCCCGAGUUCUUCUCGCGCCGUCGAGCUUCCGCCGUCGGUAGCGGAGCCUGCCGGCCGAGCAAAGUGCGACCUCAGAUCAGGUGUUGCUCGAAAGGUGAUGAUGCACGGGGAUGUGGAGACAUGCGCAAGGACAAGGUUGAUGAAGAAACUAGACCUUCAAGACGAAAAUGUCUUGUCUGCCUAGGUGCUGUAACCCUAAUCAGUGCAACAGGCCCAACAAUUUGUACACCAAAUGGAAUCGCCGCAGAUAUGACGAACAAGUCUGGGAUACAGAAAGCUGUUUGCAGAAAUUGCAACGGCAGCGGUGCUGUGAUAUGUGAUAUGUGCGGUGGCACAGGAAAAUGGAAGGCCCUCAACAGAAAGAGGGCAAAAGAUGUCUAUGAAUUCACAGAGUGCCCGAAUUGCUAUGGCCGAGGGAAGUUGGUCUGCCCAGUCUGUCUUGGAACUGGGCUGCCGAACAACAAGGGACUCCUCCGGCGACCAGAAGCCAAGCAGUUGCUUGAUAAGAUGUACAACGGCAAGAUAUUGCCAGGGUCGUAGACUACACAGCCAGUCAGCCACAGGAUUUUGCUUCAGUUAUCGAGUAGGAAUAACAUUUGAGACAAAUGUAGCUCUCGGAGUGUAAAUUUUUGUACUAAGCUAAAAGAUUAAAGCUUGGAUUUAGCUUCCAAAUUACCACAGAUAUGUAGUGACCGUGAUGCAAUAGUCUUCAGUCAGUUAUUGCCAGCUACAUUAUUACACAGAUAUAGUGAUUUUAAAUCGCUCA